AUGCUUCGAAUCUAUUUAUCAAACAUAAUCCGUCCUCAGCUAUCUUUGUCAGUUCGCCAUUUCGCAACUAAACGGCGAGAACUCGACGCAGUUAUAUUCGAUGUCGAUGGUACUCUUAUUGAUACUGUGGAUUUUCAUGCAAAAGCUUGGCAUGAUGCAUUAGAAUAUUAUAAUAUUAAAUCAAAUUUAUCUGAUGUUCGUAUGCAAAUUGGUAAAGCUGCGGAUCAAUUAUUACCUGUGUUCGCAACUGAAGAGCAAAUAAAAAAAUAUGGUAAAGAAAUUUCCGAGAAAAAAGCAAAACUAUUUCAAGAUGAUUAUCUUCAUCAAAUAAAACCAUUUCCCGGUGUUCGACAAUUGUUUGAAUUAAUCAAACGACGAAAUAUACUAAUUGCACUUGCUUCAUCAGCACAAACUGAUGAGUUAGAACUUUAUAAACAUAUUGCUAAUGUUGCUGAUCUCAUUGAUUGUCAAACUAGUUCAAAUUCAAAAGAUGUCAAGCGAUCUAAACCGUAUCCUGAUAUAUUCUUAGCAGCAUUGAAAUUAUUAAAAUAUCCAUCGACUGAUCGUGCCGUUGUUGUUGGUGAUACGCCGUGGGAUGCGCAAGCUGCUCUAGCAGCAAAAUUACCAAUUGUUGGAGUACUUUGUGGUGGCUUUGAGAGAGAAUUAUUGCGUAAAUCUGGUUGCGCAUGGGUUUAUCGUGAUAUAAUUGAAUUGACAGAAAAUUAUGAUCAAGUAACAAAGGAUAUUUUAAAAUAG